AUGGGUCCUGAAAAGCGAAGAAAGUUAGAUUUGGCAGCCCCCGAACUCACUCAAAGAGCCCGGGAGGUGGUAGAGAGGAUUUCUAAGGGCUGUGGAGAGGAAUCCGGUUUUGGGGACUUCAGUAUUACUUUUUAUGACACGGCGUGGCUGUCCAUGGUCACGAAGCCUGAUACCACUGGCUCUGGUCAAUGGGCAUUCCCAGAAUCAUUCACGUUCGUUCUGCACCAUCAACGCGAGGACGGGUCCUGGGGCGCUUGCCCGUCUCCUGUUGAUGAGAUCCUCAAUACGCUAGCAUGUCUUUUGUCUUUGCUAGCUCACAAGGCUUCAAUUGGAGACGAACAUUACGGUUCUUGGAAUGAAGAGGCUAUAGUGUAUGAUGGGCGAAUCUCCCGGGCAAUUACCUUCCUAUCAAAUGCACUGAAGGAAUGGGAUGUUGGCGCCACCGUGCAUGUUGGAUUCGAGAUUCUUGUGCCUAGCCUACUAUCCGAAUUGGCACAACAAAGCAUCAACUUCGACUUCCCAGGCAAAUCCAUGCUAAUGGAGUUGCAUGGACACAAGAUGGCCCGAUUUGUGCCUGAGAUGGUCACUGGGAAGCACCAGACGACACUGCUUCACUCUCUGGAAGGGUUGAUUGGGAAAGUAGAUUUCGACCAGCUGGCACAUCAUUGCACAUCAUACGGCGGUAUGCUGGGCUCGCCGGCCUCAACAGCAGCAUAUCUGAUUCAGAGCACCCGCUGGGACAAUUCCGCCGAGCAGUACCUCCGCAAUGUAAUCCGGAGUUAUGGCACGUCUGGUGGCGUGCCCAGCGCUUUCCCCGCCCCUGUCUUCGAAGCAUCGUGGACAAUUUCCACGCUCCUCUCGAAUGGAUUCACGGUAGAUGAUUUCGAUAGAACCAUGCUGGAUACCAUCGAUCGUUAUCUCAUGUAUCUGUUCGAGACGCAGCAAGGACUGCUGGGCUUUGCGCCGGGUUUCGUGGCGGACGCAGACGACACGGCAAGAGCCUUUCUCGCCAUAACCCUUCUAGGCAGCAAAGUGAGCCCUUCUGCCCUCGUGAAGCACUUCGAGGCGUCAAGCCAUUUUCAGACAUACAAGCUGGAGCGGAACCCGAGUUUCAGCGCCAACGCCAACAUUCUGAUUGCUCUACUGCAAACGCCAGACCCCGGAAUUUACGCCACCCAGAUUGAAAAGGCCGUUCGGUUCAUCCUGUCGGGUUGGGACGACGGGAAGCUUCUCGAUAAAUGGAACCUGGCCUCAGAGUACAGUGAAAUGCUCUUGGCGGAUGCGCUGACCCAACUGCUCGACCUCUGGAGCAAGGGCCAGCUUCUCGACCUAUCCCACGAGCUUGUCACGCUGCGCUUGCCUAUUGUUUUACUCCAGUUACUCUCGCGAACCCUAACUCGUCAGUCAGUCAACGGAUCCUGGGGGAGCUCCUCGGAGAGGACAGCAUACUGCGUGCUUCUUCUUUCCUCUAUCUUGGACUUACCAUUGUCCGACAACAUUCGUGAGGUGGCUCAGACAGCAUUAGACCGUGGCCGAGACUAUCUCCAGGCACAUGCGAGCGACUGGAUGGAAGGGGACUACAUUUGGGUUGAGAAGGUGACUUACAGACUGCCCAUCCUCUGCGAGACGUACUGUCUGGCGGCCAUGAGUGCCUCCGCUGAUGAAAGACCGUGGCCGCCUGAAGUCGUCGCCAUGUUCUCUGCAGAAGGCAGGAAGCUGCAAGUUAUGGCCACCUUUUUCGGACGGCUGCCGCUCUUUCAGCAGACACCGGCAAAAACGCUCCUGCUCGCCGUCAUGGAAGCGAGGCUGUACUCGCGGCUGCUCAAGACUGUUCGUCUGGAUAUCUUCCCACGGGACGAAAUGCGCAUGACCGAGGACAAGUACAUCGAGUACAUCCCAGCCGCUUGGUGCUGCGUCAAUGCCGCCACAGAGUUCCCCCUUGCGGGCAAUACAAUGUGGGACAUGAUGGUCAUCUCCAUGCUGAACUAUCAAGCCGACGAAUACAUGGAGACAGAUGUCGCGCGGUUGACGGAAGGCCAAUUAUCCCAGUUCACCGCUACGAUCAAAUCUGAAUGCUUUGACCUGCCAAUAAAGACAGAUAGCGGAUGCAUUCAGGUCGAGAAUAAUGCAUUACAGCCAACGCCCGUGCCAUCAGACUCUGGAAACGAGUCCCCGACUCCAUCCCCGAAAGAACCCACGGACGUCAUUAGCAAGUAUAUCCAACAUGUGCGACAACAUCCAUGUGUGACACGGACUCCGAAGUUCGCACAGCAGGAAGUCGCCAACGAGCUGCAUAAAUUCCUGCUGGCGCACAUCGCACACAACCGCGACAAUCAGGACCUUGGAAAGGGGAUCGCCUCGCGUCCGGCGUACUUUGACUGGGUUCGCACGACGGGCGCCAACGAUACCAGCUGCCCCUAUUCCUUUGCGUUCUUCUGCUGCCUGGCCAGCCGGGAUCGGCCGUACUGCUUUGGAACCGCGAAGGCGCGUUAUUUUGCCCGAGCCAUGGCCUUGCAUCUUGCCACGCUCUGUCGGCAGUACAACGACUACGGGUCCAGUCGGCGCGAUGCCGAUGAGGAAAAUCUAAAUAGUUUAGAUUUUGAUGAGUUCAAAGAAGACGUCUCAGGCGACGAAGACCCUCGCAAGCAGAUUCUCCUGGACAUUGCGGCGGGCGAGCAGGAAUGCAUGCAGCUGUACUUCGGGCGUCUUUCUAGCGAGGUCGACGGGCCGACGGCCCGGCGCAUCAAGGCGUUCAUUGACGUGACGGAUUUGUUCGGUCAGAUCUAUGUAGCGCGAGAUAUUGCCAAUGUGAUCCAUCGAGCCAACCUCCUCCUCGCUAUUAUUAAUUCAAUUAGUGCGGUUCUUCCCGCUAUCGACAAGGAUCAACAAGCUAUGGCACGCGAUCCGUGUGACCCACGCGCUGGGACGAUCCCCCAACCGAACGUCAUGUCUCUGAAGCCAAUUAAACUCUACUGGAGGAACCAGGUCCCCAAUCCCUCGAAGGUUUUGGUCAUCCUGGAGGAGCUCGGCCUCCCUUACGAGACGGAAUUUGUCGAGCUGGAAGGUCUCAAGCAGAAGCCUUUCACGGAUAUUAAUCCUAAUGGCAAAGUUCCUGCAAUCUACGACCCUAACCAGGAUGUCACUUUGUGGGAAUCUGGCGCGAUAGUCCAGUAUCUCGUCGAGACAUACGACCGAGACCAGAAGGUUUCCUACGCUACUGCGCCGGAGAAACUCCACCUCCUCCAAUGGUCCUUCUUUCAAGCCUCGGGCCAAGGUCCCUACUUCGGCCAGUCUGCUUGGUUCAAUCUCUUCCACGAGAAGUUCCACGGCGACGACCUUGAGAGCCCCAAGAUCCGCUACGGUAACGAAGUCAAGCGCAUCGCGGGCGUGCUGGACGGGGUCCUGGCCCAUCGAGACUGGCUCGUCGGCGAUAAGUGCACCUAUGCCGAUCUCGCGUUCGUUAUGUGGAAUCUACAGAUCCCGUUCUUCAUGGCCGGCCGCACGGGUGAACAUGCUUGGAAUCCGGCGGAGUUCCCGCAUUUCUCGCGCUGGCAGAACGCCAUGAUGGCCAGGGAUUCGGUGAAGAGGACCGUGGCUGUGUUGCAGGAUAAGGAGGUGAAGAGUUUGUAA